UCAGUGGCCGCCGUGGCCCUGGCUUCCCUCAGUGCGAUAGCGACUUAACGGGCGGGCCCCUCACUUCGGGCUGUUAUUUCUUAACUUCCCGCCUCUGUCACUGGCUCUCGCCAAGGCCUGGGCCCAGUGCCCGGCCCCCUGGUAAGUGAUUAAGAGCCACCUUGGCCCUUCCUGUCUCCUGGGACCCCAGGGAGGCCUCCCACCCAGUCGUCUAGCUCCAGUGUCUUUUCUGCCUCCCUGCCUGGCCCCUCCUGGUUUUCCAAGUCCGGCCUCUACGCCAGCCCCAGGUGGGGUGGUGGUGCUGGGCGCACGGUGGGGUUAGAGUCGGGGCAGUGGAGACCGAGUGGCAAGUGUACAUGGCAAGUGCUCCAACAGGGCUCAGUCCAGGAAGGCUCCCCGGAGGAGGUGACCUUCAAGUUUGGCCUGAGGUCAUGCGAGUACAGGAGGCGGGAACAGGGGUGUGCAGGAAGGUGGGGAGCAGUGGGAGGAGAGACCGGCUCCAUUUUGAGCUGCCUUCUGCCAAGAUCCAGCCUGAGGUUCCCCCCCUGAGGACCCCAGUGACUGCCGCAAAAGAGCCCGCCCCGGCACCUCCCUGCGCCAGCUCAGCCCCAGGACCCUUCCCCUCCAAAGGCAUCACUGUCUUUGUCCACUGUUCUUGCCCCUGGGGCCUCCUGUCUUUACUUCUUCCUGCUCACUCUCACCCUGCGCGCCUCAGGGCUCCGGGCAGGGAUGUCCUCCCCCACUGUCCACACCCCCAUGGCCUCAGGUCCACGGGGCCUCUGGCUCUCUGCCAGGCUUUCCAGGCCGGCUUCUCCGGGGUUCCCAGGGGACGGGGCACAGGCCUGGUGGAUGACACCUGGGGGCCGAUUGACCACUCAGCCUCGGUUGCCUCGUCUGUGAGCUAGGGACAUCCGUGCUUAUGUCCCUGGCUUGUGAGGAAUAACCGAGAACAGCAGUGGGGACAGUCACACAGGGUCAGCCUCCCCAUCUUGCCCCUCCUCCGAGGGGCACACAGGAAGUGCAGAUCCCCAGGGGAGGGCACGCCCAGACCAGGCCUGGGGAAAUAACCCCCGUUCUGCCAGCCAGCCUGGGGCAGGGUUUGCCAAAAGGAAGGGGUGACCCAAUCUGGUGUCACAAGGUGGUGUGCUGUUGGGGUUUGGUAGCACUGGGUAGCACCCUGUUGUUUUGAUAAACGCCCUGGAAGUGAGCGGGUUUGCCAUGACUGUCCCCAUGUGAAACCUGGGGAAACUGAGUCCCACAGACAUUGAAGCCUUCACCCUGCUCAGGCCUCAGGGUGGGGUGCGCGGAGGGGUGGCCGCAGCACGGAAGGGGCGCAGUUGCUGGAGGGGCCUCGGGUAGGGGUGGAGUGUGCCCCGGAGCCCAGCCAGGUCUUGAGCGCCUAGGCCUGCCACCACGUGGACCGGGCUGGGUGGUGCAGCUCCCUCUGGUGCUGGGUCGGCCCCUGGGCCUUGGUCCCGCCCCCAGGUGGUGGAGCCCAGACCGCAGGGCCCAGUGGCUCUUUCCCGCACCCUUUCCUGGUGCAGGGCCCCUCCUCCCGGCGUCUCCCAGGUAAGUGCCCCUAACCUGGGGCUCGGGGGCGGUGCCCGCGUCCUCCCAGCCCCUUUGGCUCCCUGGCUCCACCCCUUCCGAAUUCCUUUGGGCCCCUGGGGCCACUGGGCCGAGUUUCCUCCCUGGGGUGGCCUGGGUGUCCCUGGUUUGACUCUCCGGAAGGCUGUGGGUAGGCGGGUACCGCUGACCGCCUGCAGGGAGUGGGGGAGCCACGGCAGCAGUGUUGAGGGGCUCUGGGCUUCCUGGAAAGGGACCCUCCCUGCCCCUCCCCACCUGGCUCAGGGCUUAGGAACGGUGCACCUGGGAACUCACUGGGCCUGCCCGAACCUGAAGGAGGGUGCCAGGUGCCAGGUGCCUGGUGCCAGCCGGAAGUCAGUCCUGGGCAGUCAGUCCCGGCGAGGGCUGCUGGGACCAGGCCAUAGACCACCCCACCUCCCUGCUCCUCCCAACCCCACUCCCACCCGCUUUGCUGUUUGGAGAAGGGGUGAGUCAGGACGCCUGUGGAUCUGGGCACGGGAGGGUCCGUGUGAAGGAUCCCAGCUUCAGGGACUGGGCUGGGACGCAUACCACUGGCACCUGUCCAGCGCCUUUCCAGGCUGAGGGUGGAACCUACCCGAACCCUCUGCUGGUUUCCCGUACUGUGCUCCUGCCGGACGGACGGAAGGGGAAGGGCUUGGACUGCGGGGACCUGGGCUCAGAGACGACGUCCUGGACGCCCCUAAGUGAGGACCCUGUCUGGGCACAGCCCUAGCAGGACGUGCUGUCUGGGCACCCUGGUGUCCCUCAGGGAAGUCCCUCUGAGCAAAGCCAGCCUUCCUGAGUGCUGAACUUUCUGGGAGUGGGGGCAGGAGCGGGAGGUUGGGGAGCGGGGCUGACCCUCCUGCUGAGCCGAAUCCUGCAGGGGUCAGCUGGUGGCUGGGAGUUUGCUCUCCAGCCUCAAUCCCACGGGGUGAAGAGCCCAGACAAGGCCACCCUGGUCCCAGUUGUCCCGGGUGACGGCAGAGCCCUCUGCGCAGACAAAGGCAGCCUGUUUAAAGCUCAGCACCCUGCCCCCGCCAGCUGCGCUGGCCCUGGAUGGCCCUGGGGACAGAUGGGGGGGAGGUUAGUCUCCUGAAAACUGUCUGCCUUACAUCCUUGCAGGCUGAGGGUUUGGUAACCACGGCGUGUGCGUGUGUGUUGGGGGGAUGCUGGCUGGGUGGGGGCCCAGCUACAGGAGAUGGGCAGCAGGAGGACUCAGGGGCUGCGAGCGGCCAGGCUCUGAACUACUCUAGGUCUGCAGACGGGCAGGGCGUGGGCAGCAGACAUGGCCUUUGUCCUCAAUGUUCCUGAGACCCCAGAGGACCUGGGCAGCCAGGAGCCCAGCCCCUGCGACGAGAGCGAGGUACACCACUCCUUCUGCCAGCUCAUCCAGGAGCAGAGUCAGUGGGCCGCAGAGGAGGGGCUGGGGCUGCCGUCCAUGGGGCCGGGGGCCGGAGCCCUGGGGGCCUCAGGCGGUCACCACCAGGCCUUCCUGGGACCCGAGGGGGCCACUGUGUACAGCUCGGCCACACUCCGGAUCCUGGCCAGUAUGCCCAGUCGCACCAUUGGCCGCAGCCGGGGCGCCAUCAUCUCCCAGUACUACAACCGCUCGGUGCGGCUGCGGCGGCGCGCCAGCAGGCCUCAGCUCCGGGUCCUGGGGCGCUCGGCCUGGCCCAGCCUCCGCCUCUAUGACCUGGAACUGGACUCCGUGACCCUUGAGGAGGAGGAGAAGCGAGUCCUCUUGGUGAAGGAGCUGCAAGGCCUGGCGGCGGCCCAGCAGGACCACCUGCUCCGGGGAAUGCCACUCAGCCUGGCGGAGAAACGCUGCCUGCGAGAGGAGGCCCGGACCCCGAGGGGGAAGCCGCGGCUGGGCCGGCCCGGGCUCCUGUCCUGCUGCAGCCAGCUCCGCUACGCCUGUGCCCUGGCCUUGCACCACCUGGGGCUGAGGCUGCUGUCAGGGCUGCACGCCCUGGUGCCCUGGCACUACGCCCUGAAGCGGAUCGGGGGCCAGUUCGGCUCCAGCGUGCUCUCCUACUUCCUGUUCCUCAAGACCCUCCUGGCCUUCAACGCGCUGCUGCUGCUCCCCCUGCUGGCGUUCAUCGUGGGCCCGCAGGCCGCCUUCCCGCCGGCGCCCCAGGGCUCGGCACCCGCCUUCACCGGCCGGGAGCUGCUCCUGGGCGGGGGCCGGUUCAAUGACACUGUCCUGUACUACGGCUACUACAGCAACGCCACCCUGAACCAGUGGUGUGCCGGUCCACUGGAUGGCAGCCAGUGUGCCCCUGAGGCGACCAGCCUGCCCUACAACAUGCCCCUGGCCUACCUCUUCACCAUAGGCGCAGCCUUCUUUAUCACCUGCCUCACCCUGGUGUACAGCAUGUCCCACUCUUUUGGAGAGAGCUACCGGGUAGGCAGCACCUUGGGGGCCCAUGCCAUCACUGUUUUCUGCUCCUGGGACCACAAGGUGACUCAGAAAUGGGCUUCCCGCCUCCAGCACGACAACAUCCGGACCCAGCUGAAGGAGCUGCUGGCCGAGUGGCAGCUGCAGCGAGGCCCCAGGAGCCUGUGUGGGCGGCUGCGCCAGCUGGGCCUGCUCGGGCUCGUGUGGCUGCUGUGUCUGGGAACCACGCUGGGCUGCACCGUGGCCGUCUACUCCUUCUCGGAGUUCCUGAUCGAGAGCCCCGUGUCUGCCAACCAGGAGGGGCUGCUGCUCGCCCUGCCCCUGGUGGUCUGCCUCCUCAACCUGGGGGCCCCCUACCUGUACCGCGGCCUGGCGGCCCUGGAGCGGCACGACUCUCCCGUGCUCGAGGUGUACGUGGCGAUCUGCAGAAACCUCAUCCUCAAGAUGGUCAUCUUGGGGAUUCUUUGCUACCACUGGCUGGGCCGCAGGGUGGACGCCCUGCAGGACCAGUGCUGGGAGAACUUCGUGGGUCAGGAGCUGUACCGGCUCAUGGUGAUGGACUUCAUCUUCACGCUGCUGGACACGCUCUUCGGGGAGCUGGUGUGGAGGCUCAUCUCUGAGAAGAAGCUGAAGAGGGGCAAGCCCGAAUUCGACAUUGCCCGGAACGUUCUGGAGCUGAUUCAUGGGCAGACCCUGACCUGGCUGGGAGUCCUCUUCGCCCCUCUCCUGCCCGCCGUGCAGAUCCUCAAGCUGUUGCUGCUCUUCUACGUCAAGAAGACGAGUCUGAUGGCCAACUGCCAGGCGCCCCGAAGGCCCUGGCGGGCUUCCCACAUGAGCACCGUGUUCAUCUCGCUGCUGUGCUUCCCGUCCUUCCUGGGCGCGGCCAUCUUCCUCUGCUACGCCGUCUGGCAGGUGAAGCCCUCCAGCCUCUGUGGGCCCUUCCGGACCCUGGACACCAUGUACGAGGCGGGCAAGGUGUGGGUGCGCCACCUGGAGAGGGCGGGCCCCGGAGUCUCCUGGCUGCCCUGGAUCCACCGGUACCUGGUGGAAAACACCUUCCCCAUCUACCUGGUGUCAGCCCUGCUGCUGGCCGUGAUCUACCUCAACAUCCAGGUGGUGAAGGGCCAGCGGAAGGUCAUCAGCCUCCUCAAGGAGCAGAUCAGCAAUGAGGGGGAAGACAAGAUCUUCUUAAUCAACAAGCUGCACGCCGUCUACGAGAGGAAGGAGAGGAGCAGGGGUGGCAGGACCCAGGAGGCUGUGAUGCCCCCGGCAGACCAGCGGGAUGCCCAGUAGGACACUGCGGGGCCGAUGAGCCCGGCAACCCUACGUCUGCUCACCGGCUCAGCUGUCCCCACGGUCUGCAGAACAGACACCAACCUGAGACUGCGGGCCGCGCCGGGUGACCCCGCUGGGACACGGGGAGGCCCACAGGACUCUGCGCCCGCCCGUGGCUGGAGCUGGAGGGUGUGCAAAAGGGGCUGGGACCCUACCCUGCCUGGGCUCUAUUUAUUCUGAUUAAAUAUGUUUUGUAAAAUGGGCGCAUCUCCUGGGAACCUGUGCACAUGCCUGGGCCUGCCCAGGUGUAUGCAGCCUCCCUCCUGCGGCCCUGCGGGUCACCCCCAGGCCUCCUGCCCCUGUGGCCCCUUCAGCCCCUCCUCCUGGCUCCGUGGGGCGUCUCUAGAUGCCUGGGCUAUUUCAAUACUGACAAACCGGGCUCAAGCGUUCAGCGUGGGGCGCCCACUGUUGGCCCAGCUCCGGAUGGCGGGACAGACCACUGCAGCUGAGGCCACCGGGAUGGGCCUGCGCCUGGGGUGUGAACCAGGCAGGCUGGCACACUAUGGGGGCGUGUCCAGGAAGAUAAGCCAGCGGCAGGGAUGCUUUCAUGGCUACGGGGUGGGGGUGGGGAUGACAUUUCCGUGCUGAACAAGCCAUGGGGAGAGGAGCCGGCCAUGCAGCAGGGCAGCCAGCACCCUGGCCUGAGU